AUGGAGUCGAAGGUGGGGAUUCAGUGGAUGAGGAACUAUAUGCUUGAUCCAAGUCAUCACAUGGCUCAUCCGAACCGGUAUAAUAAUAGUAUCACUAACUCGAUCGUCCUCGGAUUAAUAGUGCCUCGGAUUAAGAGCGAGACGCUAACGCAUGUCAUUGGUGUUUGGGAUUCGCACGGCUGA